GGCCAGUGGGGGCAGCUCUAGUUCUCACUCCAGCCCCUUCCGGACGCUUCUGGUGCAUCCUGUGAGCACAGAUGGCGGUUCCCUGCCGAACCGCUGCUGGGUGGAUGCGGACAGCACUUGGCAUCUGGCGGUCGAGCCGUGGAAGCGCCGCUGUGGCCAGAGGUUCCUGCGCAGUUCUUCCCAUUCGCCGCUGCCAUGGCCGAGACUCAGCUUUGGACCACUUCCUGGGGGUCGCCAAGCCAGGCUACAGCCCCGAUCACCCGGCUCCUGCUGUGGCGGUGCACCAGGACAAGCAGGCUCUUCUUCUGGUCCAUCCUCCUGAUAUGCCGGAGAAUUCUCGGAUCCUUCGAGUGGUCAUCCUGGGAGCCCCAAAUGCGGGGAAGUCAACACUUUCCAACCAGCUGCUAGGCCGCAAAGUUUUCCCUGUCUCCAAGAAGGUGCAUACGACUCGCUGCCAGGCUCUAGGGGUCCUCACGGAGGAGGAGACCCAGGUGGUAAUCCUGGACACUCCUGGCCUGAUCAACCCAAAUAAGCAGAAGAGGCACAACCUAGAGCUGUCCCUGCUGAAGGACCCCUGGAAGAGCAUGGAGGAUGCAGACCUGGUCUUGGUUCUAGUCGAUGUGUCAGACAAGUGGACCAGAGGCCGGCUGCACCCCCAGGUUCUUGAGUGCUUGUCUCAGUUUCCCCAAGUGCCCAGCGUCCUGGUGAUGAAUAAGGUGGAUUGCUUGAAGCCCAAGUCUGUCCUUUUGGAGUUGACAGCAGCCCUCACAGAAGGUGUCGUUGGUGGCAAAGACCUGCAGGUGAAGCAGGCCUGGCCAGCUUCUGAAAGCCGGAGGGCCCCCGGCAAGUCGGACCCAAGGGCCUCUCGGGGCCCCCAGAGGCUUGGCUGGCCCCACUUCCAGGAGAUCUUCAUGCUCUCCGCCCUGCAGCAGGAAGAUGUAGAGACCCUGAAGCAAUACCUUCUGGCACAGGCCCAGCCAGGGCCCUGGGAGUUCCACAGUGAAGUGCUCACCAGCCAGACCCCCCAGGAGAUCUGUGCCAACAUCAUUCGGGAAAAGCUCCUGGAGCACCUGCCUCAGGAGGUGCCCUACAGUGUGCACCAGGAGAUGAUCAUGUGGGAAGAGGAUCCCAGUGGGAGGCUUGUGAUCCUGCAGAACUUGCUCGUGGCUAAGGAGUCCCACUUGGUGAGUGGGGGCGGGGGGGCCAAGGGCUGGACAGCGGCCCCUGUCCCUCUCCCCUUCCCCGGCCCUCACUCUCUGGCCUGUCCACAGAGGAUGCUGAUCGGACAAAAUGGGCAAGUGGUCAGCCAGCUGGCGCAGGAGGCCAGUGAGGACCUGGAGAACGUUUUCCUCCGGGACGUGCAGCUGCGCCUCUCCGUGAAGCUCCUCAGGUGACCUUUGCUCCCCACCCCAGGCCAUCGGCCACCCAACUGCUCAAGUACAGGAGGGGCUGCCCAGGCACGAGCACCUGGUGACUCGUUCUGGAGGGCACCGAUACCCAUAGGCUGCCCCGACAGGAGUCAGGCACGGACCAGAGACCCUCCUCCUGGCCGCAGCACCCCCAUCCGUCCAUGAGGGCCUCAGGCCUAGGCAGCUCCUGGCGUUGCCCGAGCCGGGGCUCGGCUCUCCCCUCAUCCCGAGCCUCCUUGCUCCCUGGACAGGGCCAGACAGCUGGCAGACGCCCUUGCUGCCCCGGAGCCCAUCCUCCCCCAUCCCCUUCUCUGGCUCGCGGGGGACAAUAAAAUGACAGAAGAGA